CGAGACGUCACCAUGGCGAUGUUUAGCGGCUCUGAACGCUUCUUCUGGAAUGACUCGGAACAGGUUCCGGAAGACCUCCGCCUCCAUGGGAAUUCCUCUGGUGGUUGGGAGGAGGAUACGGAGUGUAACUACUACGCCAUGCUGUACUCCCUGCUCAUCCUGGCCAUCGUGUUUGGCAACGUGCUGGUGUGUCUGGCUGUGGUGCGGGAGAGGUCCCUACAGACCACCACCAACUACCUAGUGGUGAGCCUGGCUGUAGCUGACCUGCUGGUGGCCUCGCUUGUCAUGCCCUGGGCCGUAUACCUGGAGGUGGUCGGAGGGGCGUGGCUCUUCAGCAGGAUGUACUGUAACGUCUUUGUCACCUUGGAUGUCAUGAUGUGUACCGCCAGCAUUCUCAACCUGUGUGCUAUCAGCAUCGACAGGUACACAGCGGUGGUGAUGCCUGUCCUCUACAACACCACACACAGCUCCAGGAAGCGGGUUUCAGUCAUGAUCGCGACAGUGUGGAUCCUGGCCUUUGCUGUAUCCUGCCCCCUGCUGUUCGGAUUUAACACAUCAGGCGACCCGACGGUCUGCUCCAUCUCCAACCCUGACUUUGUGAUCUACUCGUCGGUGGUGUCCUUCUACCUGCCCUUCACUGUCACCCUGCUGGUGUACGUCCGCAUCUAUGUCUUCCUACGGAAAAGGAGGAAGAGGAUGGCCUUCCGCCAGGCCAGAAGUGGAAAGGUCCAGCCAGGCUCGGCCCUGCCCUCAGUGGAGACAUGUCUGCAGGAGGAAACCCCCAAGGAGAAGAGAGACCUGUCUCCCAUCAGGAUCAAAGUGGAGAGUGUGGAGCCGGCAUUGCCCCCUAAAACUCACCUCCUGUCGGGGUGCCUGAGGCGUAAGCGUACCCGGACGGCCCCCGUGGAGAACACUCUGCUGCCCCCAGUGGACAUCCAGAACUACUGCAGCAUCAGCCACGCCUCCUGCGGCCGCACUGAGCACGAACAGGACCAUGCCGAAGAAGAGGAGGAGUUGGCCAAAGAGAGAGCGCGUAGACCCGUGAGAAGGAGCUGUGAGGUCAAGGAGUUGUCCAAUGGACGCAUUCACACGGCCCUCCGCCCCACCCCCUGCUCCCAGUCCCUGGCCGGCCAACAACAACAACAACAUGGAAUCAGGAGCAUGCAGAACAGGGAGAAGAAGGCUACGCAGAUGCUGGCCAUUGUUCUUGGAGUGUUCCUGAUCUGCUGGCUGCCGUUCUUCGUGACUCACAUCCUGAACACCCACUGCAGGACGUGUCGUAUUCCCCCGGAGCUCUACAGCGCCUUCACCUGGCUGGGCUACGUCAACAGCGCCCUCAACCCUGUCAUCUACACCACCUUCAACAUUGAGUUCAGACGCGCCUUCAUCAAGAUCCUCAGCUGCUGAGAACAGAGUUGGUCCAGCAUGACCAUGUCAGGCUAAUGGCCAGGCACCUAAACUGUACUGGACCUUGGGCCCGGCAUACCUGAGUUUGAAUAAGACACAUGAGUCAUGGCCUGAGCCUGACUGCAUAUUAUCAGGGGCAAUGACUCUACUUCAAUAAGAUCAUCUGCUGCUGAGAGGCCAAUAGGUCCACCAUAACCAUGUCAGGCAAGGCUUAUGACCUGUACUGGACCUUAGGCCCGGCCCACCUGAUGUGCACACCUGAGCAUGGAUAAUGGAUACAGUACCUGAGCCAUGGAUACAUGAGCCAUGACCCGUCCAUCUUUAGGGUCAAUGACUCGUCUUCAUUGAAAUCAUCUCCAGCUGAGAGGACAGAUCCAUAAAGACCAUGUCUGACCAUGCUCUUCCACUGAACCUCUCAGCACACUAUAGCACACCUGAGCAAGGACUCUCUGACGGUAACACAGGCCCUGCACACCUGAGCUGAACUACAGGUACCGUAUCAGACUUGGCUGCUAGUUAGCUGGGCAAGGACCUG